UAAAAGGAGGUCAUUUGUUCGUCUGGUAGUCUUGACCCACAACAGACGCACUACACUUGAGUUCUUCUGCUCCUCGUCUCUCAACAUGAUAAGAGUCACCUGCCCGAUGUACGGAGGUCUUUCGGAUCUUGAAGAUGCCGAUGCCAGGAUUCAGACUAUUUGUGAGAGUGUCAAGUCUAAAGUCGAGCAAAAAACUGGAAAGGCUUACAGCGUUUUCAUCGGCAAAGGUUACAAGUCUCAAAUUGUGUCCGGGACCAACUACUUCAUCAAGGUGCACGUGGGAGGAAACGACUACAUCCACAUCCGCGUCUUCCAAGGUCUGACGGAAAGCGGGCCGGAGCUGGUCAGCGUCAAGGAGUCCAAGACACGUGAUGAUGAAAUUGAGUACUUCUGAAUGACAAACACUGAGAGAAGCCUCAUCCUGUCUUUAUCUACAGCAACGAGUGCAUUG